AUGUCAUCGGCCCUGAAGUCCACGGCAUUUAUCGCUGCCGCCCUGCACGCUCUGCUCAAACCCCCGGCCACCUCAGCUGCCUUAGGCGAGCCCUGCUUCAACUUUCCCAGAACCAGCUAUUUGGCCGUUCUGAAGAACCCCGUCCUCUAUGGUCCUACCCUGACGUCGAUAGAACCGGCACCAUCUCUACACCUCUCCUCACCCAACCAUAUUCAUCGCUGGUCAUCUGUCCGGCCCAAACACUCCCCUGGGCCGCGUCUCCGACAUCAAACCCCCUGA